AUGAGUAAUAAUAAUAAUUUAAAUAUAUUUUUAAAUUUCCCACAUGUUUUAUUAUCAAAUAUUGUUAAUAACCUUUCAGAUAAUAUAGAUAAAAUAUGUUUCACUUUAGUUUGUAAAAGAUGGUUCAAUGAUAGAGAUAAAUAUUUAAAGUUCAACAAUGUUCGUUUAUACAGCUCAAUGAAACCACAUAUCUUUUUGAAUUCAUAUCGAUCUUUGCUAUUCGAUGCGAUUGAACAAAAAAGAAAAUUUACUCUAUCUUUAGGUGAAGAUAGUGAAGAUAAACCUUAUGAUUUCAUCAUAACAAAUAUAGAUAAUAUCAAUACUAUAGAUAAAUCAAAGAACUAUAAGAUAACUAUAAAUCAAGAUGAUAUGUCAUUUCUAGCUACUACUUUCAAUGUAGUAAAGUUAUUGAAAUGUAGAACAUUAAAGUUUCCGUUGCCAAUGAGUCUGACAUCGAUUGAGUUUACAGGACGUUUUGAUGAACCGCUAUUCCAAGGAUGUUUUCCACCGACAAUUAGAUCGUUAGAGUUUGGAGACAGAUUCAAUCAACCAAUAGAACCGGGUGUACUACCGACCACAUUGGAGAAGCUUUCACUCGGUUUCGAAUUCAAUAAUCGUUUGAAGAAAGGUUCACUACCAGAGUCUCUAAGAUCUAAGUCAACUUCCACCGAACCUCAACCGGCUGAAACUCUACACGCGAUCAACACUGGUAUCGGCAAUGCCAACAUCUAUCAAUCAUUUGGAUCUUGGUGA